AAUGUCAUGGAACUGUCAGAGUCCAGAACUGUCAUUAAUAGUCUAUUUCUGACAAACGGUCAGAACGGUACAGAUAUCCCCCAAAUGUCAGAACGGUACAGAUAUCCCCCAAAUGUCAGAACGGUACAGAUAUCCCCCAAAUGUCAGGACAGUACAGAUAUCUCCCAAAUGUCAGGACGGUACAGAUAUCCCCAAAUGUCAGGACGGUACAUAUAUCCCCCAAAUGUCAGGACGGUACAGAUAUCCCCCAAAUGUCAGGACGGUACAUAUAUCCCCCAAAUGUCAGGACGGUACAGAUAUCCCCCCAAAUGUCAGGACAGUACAUAUAUCCCCCAAAUGUCAGGA